AUAAAUAUUCUAGUAAUAUGAUUUACCCGUUCAAACUAAGUUUUUUUAGAGAGGUAUAAACACUUGUUUGGCAAGUACUUAUUCGCUCGUAUCAAAUGAAGAAUAAUAUACAUCGUAUAAAAGAAAACAGAAUUUUAUUUAUAGAAAACCGGUAAAAAAAAUAGAGGUGAGACAGUUAAGGUUGUUUUAGAAAAAAAGAAGAUCAAAAUUCCUUACAGAAAAAAAAAAGAGAGAAGAGAUAAUAAUCCCGAUCGAUCGAGUCCGUAUCCGAUCCCAACCACGAUCGAUUCUACCUACAAAUAUGCUGGCGAUCGAUCAUCGAUCCUGCCCAGCAAAGCAAAUCAAUCAAUCAAUCAAGGAAAAGUGCAAAACCUACGUACGAUACGAAGCAAUUCAGAUCAACCCUGACCUGCAGCAAGCAAUCCAACUAGCGCGCGACCGACGAUGGCGGCCGACUUCGACCUCGACGACGUGAUCCGGCGGCUGCUGGACGCGGAGGCGCCCCUCAGCUCGCCGUCGGCCGCCCCGCCGCUGACGCGCGAGGAGAUCCUUCACCUCUGCGCGGCCGCCAAGGAGCUCCUCCUCUCGCAGCCGACGCUGCUCGAGCUCUCGGCCCCCAUCAACAUCUGCGGCGACAUCCACGGCCAGUACCCCGACCUCCUCCGCCUCUUCCGCGAGGUCGGCCCCCCCUCCGCCGCCAACCGCUACCUCUUCCUCGGCGACUACGUCGACCGGGGGAAUCAGAGCAUCGAGACCAUCUGCCUCCUCCUCGCCUACAAGCUCAAGUGCCCCGACGGCUUCUUCCUCCUCCGCGGCAACCACGAGUGCGCCGGCGUCAACAAGCAGUACGGCUUCUACUCCGAGUGCGCGGCCCGCGCCCGCCGCAUGGUCGGGCUCUGGGACGAGCUCAACGCCGUCUUCGCCUGCCUCCCGCUGGCCGCGCUCGUCGGCUGCGCGGGCGGCCGGGGUAGUCGUAACGACAUGAAUAAGAAGAAGAAGGAGAUGAAGAAGAUCUUGUGCGUGCACGGCGGGCUCUCGCCGGAGCUGGAGAGCCCGGACCAGAUCCGCGAGAUCGAGCGCCCGCUGGCCGACGUACCCGAGCACGGGCUCGUGUGCGACCUGCUGUGGUCGGACCCCGCCGCGGACGGCGACGAGUGGGGGUGGGGGGACCCGCGCAGGAGCACGUCCUUCACCUUCGGCGCCGACGUGGUGGAGGAGUUCUGCGAGAGGCACGGGCUGGCCAUGGUGUGCAGGGCGCACGAGAUGAAGGAUGCCGGCUACGACCGAGGGUUCGCCGACGGGAAGCUUGUGACCGUGUUCUCCGCGCCCAACUACUGUGGCAAGUGCGGCAACGACGGCGCGGUCAUGAUGGUCGCCGGUGACCUCGCCUGCUCCUUCCGCGUCUUCCACCCUGUUGGUACCGCCACUCCUCCUCCGGCUCCCAUUUUUCUUUAGUCAAAACAUAGAAGUAGUAUAUUUUCAUGUUAGUUUCAGACGCGUCGCCAUGUACUGUAAUCUGCAGUCCUCGUUUCUUCGUCUUAUAAGGAGUGAAUUUCAGUUUUCGAGGGUGAUCCAUAUCACGAUUUUCCUCGCAUUUCUUCCAUGGCUCCUUUUUAGUGGGAAUCAUUUUUUCCAUGCCUGAACAACCAGACUCAUCCCAGUUCUUUUCGCCACGUGAUUCUUCAGAAUCUGAUUCUGACAAGCUGCUCACAGAGUCAGCUGUUUAGUUUUUUUUUUUGUGAGAUUUUGACAUGUGAUUGUUGUAUGACUUCUGAGCUGAAAUGUGUAUGAUGCACCUCAGUUAAUACUGAAUUGCUAACAUUUGUGUGCUGAAA